UUCCUUCUUCUCGACCUAGCGGAGAGCGAAAAGAAAAUGGUUUAUCUUUCCUCGCUUCAAUAGUUUUUCAAAUAGUUAUUCAGUCCAGUUCAGCAUUUAUUUGGGGGUCUGAUUCAGCAAUUUUUUGA